AUGAAUAAAGGUUUCAAUACCUUUGUCGUGGAGAGUGGGGGAUACGAAAAUGUACCAUUUACAGAAAAGGAUUGUCGCAACUGCUUUGACAAAGUGAAACAGUUGAAGUUUGGCGAAGGUGAUGCUGAAGCAAUUCAAAGUUAUUUCACAAAGGUGCAAUCAUCGUACUGUGAUAUUUUUUACACGUGGGAUUUAGAUGAUGAAAAUCGACUAAAGAGUUUGUUUUGGGCUGAUGCGAGGUGUAGGGCAACUUAUGAAGAAUUUGGUGAUGUAAUCACAUUCGAUACUACAUAUCCUACAAAUGAGUAUGAGAUGCCAAUGGCUCCAUUUGUAGGAGUAAAUCAUCAUGGACAAUCAAUAUUGCUUGGUUGCGGAUUGAUUUCAAAUGAAGAUAAUGAGACAUUCACAUGGCUAUUUCGGUCAUGGCUUGCGUGUAUGUCUGGACGUCCUCCUCAAGCCAUUAUCACAGAUCAAGACCAAGCUAUGAAGAACGCAAUACAAAAUGUAUUUCCUGAUGCACGGCAUAGGUGGUGUUUGUGGCACAUCAUGAAAAAACUACCUGAGAAGUUAGGCAGCCAUAGAAAAUACAAAUUCAUUAAGUACAGGCUUAAAAAGGUUGUGUACUUGAUAAGCUUGUAUUUAGAAAGACAUGGAUGGGUUCCUUGUUACGUGAAAGAUACCUUCUGGGCAAGGAUGUCUACUACACAACGUAGCGAGAGUAUUAAUGCAUUUUUUGACAAAUAUGUAAACAAGAAAACUACCUUGAAGCAAUUUGUCGAACAGUACGAAAAUGCAUUAAGGGAUAGGGCCGAGAAAGAAAACAAAGAAGAUUUUAAUUCUUAUAAUAUACACUAUCCACCAAUUGCCCAUUAUGCCAUGGAAGAACAAAUGAGGGAAAUUUUCACCCAUGCUAAGUUUAAAGAAUUUACAGAAGAAUUAACAGGAAAAAUGUAUUGUAGGAUAGGUUCUUUAAAAACACAAGAUGGUAUUUCAAAAUAUGAAGUAAUUGAGGAUGUUAUGGUCAAUGGAAAUAUAAUAAAGAAACCAUUUGCAAUUUAA